AGUGAUGGAGAGACAGGCAGUGAUGUAGAGACCGGCAGUGAUGGAGACACAGUCAGUGAUGGAGACACAGUGUGUGAUGGAGAGACAGGCAGUGAUGGAGAGACAGUCAGUGAUGGACAGACAGUCAGUGAUGGAGGAGUGCACUCUGUCAAGGUCGGCAGUGAUUCCUCCAGCUGUACGAAGCUGCGCUCUCUUCUCCUUCUCCGAUAUCUCCUCCUCUUCCUCCCUCCUCCUCCCUUCUCCUCCCAUCUUCCCCAGGAAUCUCUCCCAUCCUCCAGCUCCUGCAGCAUCCUUCCCUGUCAUCCCUCCUGCCCCUGCCCCCUCCCUCCUGCCCCGCUCUGCUCCGUGUGUGUGUGUCCUGUGUGUGUCCUGUGUGUCUGUGAUGUUUACCCUCUAUGUGUGUGUACAUGUGUGUGGCCGGUGUGCACCUCGUCCCUGACACGCAGUCCCACACAUGUGUGAACAGUGGGCACCAGAGAUGUGACAUGGACCCUCGCACUCGCCAAGAGCCCCAGAUGUGUGGGGGCCCCCUGUGGAUGGUGGGGGUAUGACUCUCCCUCAGGAUCACAGCUGGAUCUCCACUCCAUCCCUCUGGAUUUGGCCUUGGAGCCGGCACUUUCCUACAGACCUUGGCCAUGUCUCCACCGGCAUCAGCGGCCAGCGAGAGCAGCACCGGGUCUGUACCGCAGGAGAGCACCGACGCCGCACGAGAACUGCAAAGGCCUGUGAAGCAGUCCCUCAGCAAGUCCUUAUGCCGUGAAUCGCAUUGGAAAUGUCUCCUGUUGUCUCUUCUCAUCUAUGGCUGUAUGGGUGCUAUGACCUGGUGUCAUGUUACCAAAGUCACCCGCCUGACCUUUGACAGCGCCUAUAAAGGCAACUCCAUGAUGUAUCAUGACAGUCCUUGCUCCAAUGGUUACAUCUACAUUCCCUUGGCCUUCCUCAUCAUGCUGUACAUGGUCUACCUGGUGGAGUGCUGGCACUGUUACACACGGAAUGAGCUGCAAUAUAAGGUGGAUGUGGAGAGUGUGCAGGAAAGGGUGCAGAGGAUGCAGCAAGCGACACCAUGCAUCUGGUGGAAGGCUAUCAGCUAUCACUACGUACGCAGGACUCGUCAGGUGACACGUUAUCGCAAUGGAGAUGCGUACACCACUACCCAAGUCUAUCAUGAGCGUGUCAAUACUCAUGUGGCAGAAUCAGAGUUUGACUACAACAACUGUGGAGUAAAGGAUGUCUCCAAAGACCUGACUGACCUCGAAAGCUAUCCAGUCACUCGGCUAAGGUUUACCAAGUGCUUCAGUUUUGCAAAUGUGGAGUCGGAGAACUCGUAUUUGACACAAAGGGCUCGGUUUUUCACAGAGAAUGAAGGUCUGGAUGACUACAUGGAAGCUAGAGAAGGCAUGCACUUAAAAAAUGUGGACUUCAAAGAAUACAUGGUUGCAUUUUCCGAUCCAGAUAACCUUCCAUGGUACGUGUCCCACUACGUCUUCUGGGUGGCUGCUCUCCUAACACUUUCCUGGCCACUAAGGGUCCUUAAUGAGUACCGAACUUCGUGUGUUCACUAUCAUGUAGAAAAGCUCUUUGGCUUCGACUUUACACCCGUCACGCCGGCCGAUGAUCAAACCAUAUGCCGUAGAAUGCCACGUGUUAACACUAUCGACAGUACAGAGCUUGAGUGGCACAUACGGUCCAAUCAGCAACUGGUGCCCAGCUACUCUGAGGCUGUUUUGAUGGAUCUAGUUGGCAUUUCUUCAGGUUACACAGCCUGUAGGUAUACUCGUGGUUAUCGCCAAAACUGUGAGCGGUGUCAUCGCACUAUGAGCAGCUCCUCCAUCUUUUCCCGUAGCGCUCUUAGUAUCUGUAAUGGCAGCCCCAGGAUCCCUUUUAGCAGCAGUCGCUUCUCUCUGGGACGUUUAUAUGGAUCCCGGCGGAGCUGUCUGUGGCAGAGCCGAAGUGAGAGCCUUAAUGAGCAAGGCUGUCCAACAGAACAGACAAGGCUGUCCAGCCAGGUGACUGUGGAGGAGGAAGAGCCUCCGGCAUACCAGGAUGCUCUCUACUUCCCCAUCCUCAUUGUGCAUCGAAACGAAGGCUGUACAAACCAUGACCACCGACGUCUCCACAGGAAUGGCUCUUGUGUAGAAACCUCACUGUGAUAAGACUUGUUACCCUGAAUGCAGGAUAACUUCUGUGUCCUCACAACAGUUAAGAUGUUUUACAUGAUCAUGGAUGCCCAGUUCCAUGCAAAAAUACAACACAGAGUGACCUCAAAAAUACCAUCAGGUCAUUGCAUCUGUGAAGUACACGACAGUAAAAGCUGCCGGACCUCUAGGUGAACCUUAGAGGAAGCUUCAGGUCAUGUUUCUACAAAGACAGCCAUAGCUGUUACACAAGGACCUUUUUCAUUGAGACAUAGAUAUGGAUUGAGCCAUAGUGACCCUAUACAAUGUCCGAAUGGGACAGGGCUGCAAAGAACAAAGACUGACAGAUGUGACCAAAACACUGGAAAAUCCAGUAAAUGUUCAUCCUGAUCUUUAAUACGAAAUUUCGGUGAGUCAGCGGUCAGGUACCAAGUGGACCAGUGCAGAACUAAGUACUUCACAUUCAGUAGCAAACAAUUAGGCAAUAGUCCAUGCGUCAAGGAGCAUUGUCCAUUCAUCUGCAGAUCAUCUCCCAUGGUGUAAAGUUUUGGUCACCAGUGAAUGGUCCAUGGCAGAGUCAUCACACUGCAGGGAGAAGGACUGUUCAUAUGGAUUAUACAAAUUACUAUCUGCUUAAGAACUAUGUGUGGCCUGGUGCAGGUGGGAUCACGAUGGAUUCUUCACUCUCACUUCUCUAUUAUUUUUACAUUACCGCCAAACAUAAAAGGCACUGAAUAUUUAUGUCCAGUCAAUGUAAGGAGGACGCAUCCGCUCUACGUAUAUUCAGCAUGAAGAACUUCAGGUUGUAUAUACACAAGUAUAGUUCUCAUCUUUCGUAAAUAUGCUUUUAUUGCAUGUCAGAUUUCCAGAGUUCUGGAUGUAACACACACAGGGUACACAUGAGGCUGUAGGGCAUAUAUGUAUUACAUGUGCUGCAGCCACAUAUAUGUAUUACAUGUGCUGCAGCCACAAGAAUCAUCAGGGCUGCACACUAUGGGCGGCUUCAGUCCUGGUGUAACUUGUAAGUGGAUAAGAGACUCCGCUUCUGUGUAUACAGGAGGCAUAGGGGAGUCUCAUAAUUAUAUUGAGGGGAUAUUAUACUGCUGUAUAUACAGGGGGCAUGGACACACAUGAGGAGCCUUAUAAUUAUAUAAAGAGGAUACUCCACCACUGUAUAUACAGGAGGCACGGAUACAGAUGGGGAGCCUUAUAAUUAUAUAAAGAGGAUACUCCACCACUGUAUAUACAGGAGGCUCGAAUACAGAUAGGGAGCCUUAGAAUUAUAUAAAGAGGAUACUCCACCACUGUAUAUACAGGAGGCACGGAUACAGAUGGGGAGCCUUAUAAUUAUAUAAAGAGGAUACUCCACCGCUGUAUAUACAGGAGGCAAGGAUACAGAUGAGGAGCCUUAUAGUUAUAUAAAGAGGAUACUCCACUGCUGUAUAUACAGGGGGCACGGAUACAGAUGGGGAGCCUUAUAAUUAUAUAAAGAGGAUACUCCACCACUGUAUAUACAGGGGGCACGGAUACAGAUGGAGAGCCUUAUAAUUAUAUAAAGAGGAUACUCCACUGCUGUAUAUACAGGAGGCAAGGAUACAGAAGGAUAAUUCCCGUAAAACAAGGGAACUUGUAACAACCUUUUCCAACUGUGUCUAGAAUUUUGUGAUAUUUGUAAAGUUUCUUGGACAUUGGGUUUUUCUAUAGCAAAAACAACUGAAAUCACAAUUGGCAAAUUGUUCUGACUUUUAGGUGCCUGAGCCUACAUAAAAAGUCUUAGUUUACAAAAGGUUCUAUUGUUCAGUUGUUACAGUCUGUUCUCAAAGUCCUCUAUUGUUAGAGAAGUGACUGUAAGUCAUUGAUUGGUACAGUCAGUUCUCGGAGUCCUCUAUUGUUAGAGAAGUGACUGUAAGUCAUUGAUUGGUACAGUCAGUUCUCGGAGUCCUCUAUUGUUAGAGAAGUGACUGUAAGUCAUUGAUUGGUACAGUCAGUUCUCGGAGUCCUCUAUUGUUAGAGAAGUGACUGUAAGUCAUUGAUUGGUACAGUCAGUUCUCGGAGUCCUCUAUUGUUAGAGAAGUGACUGUAAGUCAUUGAUUGGUACAGUCAGUUCUCGGAGUCCUCUAUUGUUAGAGAAGUGACUGUAAGUCAUUGAUUGGUACAGUCAGUUCUCGGAGUCCUCUAUUGUUAGAGAAGUGACUGUAAGUCAUUGAUUGGUACAGUCAGUUCUCGGAGUCCUCUAUUGUUAGAGAAGUGACUGUAAGUCAUUGAUUGGUACAGUCAGUUCUCGGAGUCCUCUAUUGUUAGAGAAGUGACUGUAAGUCAUUGAUUGGUACAGUCAGUUCUCGGAGUCCUCUAUUGUUAGAGAAGUGACUGUAAGUCAUUGAUUGGUACAGUUAGUUAUCAACAUUCCUCUGUUGUUAAAGUCAGUUCUCGGAUUUCCCUAUUGUAAUAGUCAUUUACCGACAGUCCCCUUUUGUUUUGCUCAGUUCUCGAUGGUUCCCUAUUGUUACAGUCAGUUCUCUAUGGUUCCCUUUUGCUACGGUCAGUUGUUGGUGGUUCCCUAUUGUUACAAUCAGUUCUUGAUAGUCCCCUAUUAUUACAUUCCGCUACUGACAGUUCCACAUUCUCAUAUUUGGUUAAGUCAUUUCUGAUACUUAAAUAAGACAAAUGUCCAUCCAGAUCCUUCUCACAGAUCCAGAAAAGCAAUUUACCACUUUACAGACAGGUCUGAGGAUAUGAGUAGAUAAGGCCCCUCCAUAUAUGAGGAGAUACAGAUAAGGCCCCUCUAUAUAUAUAUAUAUAUAUAUAUAUAUAUAUAUAUAUAUAUAUAUAUAUAUAUGAGAAGAUACAGGCAGAGCCCCCUCUAUAUGUGAGUAGAUAAGGCUCCUCCAUAUAUGAGAAGAUACAGAUAAGGCCCAUAUAUAUAUAUCUGAGAAGAUACAGGCAGAGCCCCCUCUAUGUGUGAGUAACUAAGGCCCCUACAUAUAUGAGAAGAUACAGAUAAAGCCCAUAUAUAUAAGAUACAGGGAGUCCAUGUGUCCAUCUAUUGCUUAUUCCUCGGAAGGACACAUUAUGGGGAGAUCAUUUCUAGCUGUUGUGAUGAUUUGUCUAUAGACAGAUGGUAAUAGAUGGUUUGAUGGGAUUAUAUAAUCUCUUCACAUCCUUCCUAGGCAAAAUUUAAUAUCUCAUUUAUCAGGAGCCAUUGUAAAUCCAGUGAAAGAUCACCCCCAUCAUCCCACACCAGGGACACACUCACUGGGACAAACUCACUGCCUGCAGGGAGGAUCACCCCCAUCAUCCCACACCAGGGACACACUCACUGCUUGCAGCUAGGAUCACCCCCAUCAUCCCACAUCAGGGAUACACUCACUGCCUGCAGCAAGGAUCACCCCCAUCAUCCCAUACCAGAGACGCACUCACCGCCUGCAGUGAGGAUCACCCUCAUCAUCCCAUACCAGGGACGCACUCACCGCCUGCAGUGAGGAUCACCCUCAUCAUCCCAUACCAGGGACGCACUCACCGCCUGCAGCAAGGAUCACCCUCAUCAUCUCAUACCAGAGACGCACUCACCGCCUGCAGUGAGGAUCACCCCCAUCAUCCCACACCAGGGACGCACUCAGUGCCUGCCGCAGUGAGAAUCAUCUCAUAGCUGAGGAGGCCAUUUCCUUUUUAACCUCUGCCCUUUGUGACUCUUUACCAUAUCAUAGGGGAUUUCUGGGAAUGAAUCUUACUGUUAAGGUGCCAGGCUACAACCAUAUGAGAGAGAGAGCUUCAUGAGCCUAGGAAAAAUAUAACAUAUCAUGUAAACCUUCAGAAAAUGUCUAGGACAGGCGGAAUGAGGACCGGAUACUGAGUAGGAAACCACAACAAGAUACAUGAGAACAGUGAGGG